AUGGCUCAGCCGUAUAAACCGUUGCAGAGGUUUCCUAGUGAGAAAGUAGAGAGUAAACUCAGUGAAGAUGUACUUUAUUGGAGACGGAUGAAGCAGUUAGCUGUCUUUCAAGAAUCUGGAAAUAUAACAAGUGUUUCUUUUUCUACAUCAGUACCUAAUUAUGUUGCCAGCACGUCAUCUGUUCGCCUAUCAGUAUUUGAUGUUGCGGUUUGCGAACCUAUCUCUGUGUGCAGUCGCUUUAAGGAGGCAGUUUAUGGAGUAACAUUUCGGAAGGAUGGCAAACUGAUUGCUGUUGGGAGUCAGGAUGGAAGAGCAAGAGUUUUUGAUGUGGUAAAACAAGGGACAAUUUUAAACAAAGCUCCUUUGCGAAGUUAUAAAUCUCAAGGGUGCCCCAUUCACCUUAUUGUCCUUGGAGAUGACGGGGCAAUCAGACUUUAUGACAUUGUUGAAACAAAGGCUGUGCCACUAAAGGUGCUUGAGUCGGCUCAUGCUGACCAUAUCAGAUGCGGAGACACUUCAAAAACAUCAGAUUUACUUUUUGCCACAGGUUCAUACGACCAUACUGCAAAGGUUUGGAACCUUGAGUCAGAAGAAGAUAAGCCUUUAGUAACUGUGGAUCAUGGAGCUCCGGUUGAAUCACUUUUGUUUAUUUCGGAAAGCUCGUUACUUGCUACUGCCGGCGGCCAACUGAUAAAGUUGUGGAAUAUAAGUGUUGGCGGAAAACUGCUUUAUACAUUACACAAUCAUCAUAAAACAGUGACAAGUCUUUGUCUUGCUUCAAACGGUAAUACACUACUAUCUGGAGGUCUCGACAAAAGAAUCAAUGUUUACAGGCUGGAUUCUGGGGACUUUAGUUUAAUUCAUGCUUUUACUAUGCCUGCACCAGUUUUUGCACUUUCCGUCUCUCUUAACGACAGCUUUAUGGCAGUUGGUAUGGGUAAUCUUCUUGGCAUUUUUCGCCGUGAAGCACCAGGACCGCUUGAAGCGACUUUGAGUGAGGCAAAGUUGCUUGGGAAGGGCUUAGAAUACAGAAGAAGGUGGGUUAAGUAUUGGCAUUAG